AUUAGUUUUAAACUAGCAAUAAUGAUUCCAGAUACACUAAAAAUAAAUCAAAUUGUAAAUUGCUUAGCUGACAUUUUUCAGUUCACAGAAAUUUUCCUGGUGUUCAACUACUAAUAAACAUAUACUAACUGUGUUCAAUAAUGGAACACCUGCUUAUUUUUACUUAACAAACUGUAAAACGUCAUUUGAGCCUGAAGGGGAAACAGGUGGCUCCUGCCUCGAGAAAACCAUUGUUUGACAAUUAGGUAAAUAAUGUAUGUCUGAUGCUCCAAGUCUUAGUUGUACCUGAAACUCGGAAACUUAACUGCAUUUUCUGUCAGAGAAGCCAACAUGCCGUUACACUAUAUCAUCAGCCAAAAGAACCGUAAACAACUUAUGGUGAAAGGAUACAUCUAUAAUUUUGAACGUGCUAGUGCUGAGAAAAGUAUUUGGAAAUGUGUAGAGUAUUUUACUUGUAAGUGCAAAGGGCGAAUUCACACUCAAGAUGAUAAUAUCAUUCUUGAAAAAUCUCACGGGCAUCCUCCAAAUGCUGGCAAAAUUACAGCGAAAGAGAUUAUGAGUUCAAUUAAAGAGCGUGCGGUAACAACGCAAGAAUCGACACAUUCUUUAGCAGCAGUUGGUACAAUUGGUCUUCCUUGUGCUGUUUCGGGGCAUAUACCACCAGUGGAAAAUAUUAAAAAAAUUAUCAGAUAUGCUCGACACGGAGAAAUGCCAUUGCAUAAUCCUAGAUGUCUUGAAGAAUUAGUAAUCCCAGAACAGUUUUCAAAAACACUAAAAGAAGAGAAAUUUUUGCUGUAUGACAGUGGAGCGCAGACAGACAGAAUUCUAAUUUUUUCGACCCUCAGAAAAUCUGGACUUCAUGGCUGA